AUUGCGGGCACAAGGGAGAUAACCCAUCACCAAGCCCUCUUCCGCCAUUGUACGGAGUGUUAGGGGGGAAAUCGGAUUAGAAUUGUGGCUGACAGAGAAGAGAUGUCAGACGAAGAAGAUUACAGUUCCGACGACGAUGUGGAUUAUGUACCGACAGUGGGAGAGGAAGUGAGUGAGGAGGAAGGGUCAGGAGAUGAGGAAGAUCUUGAUGCCCUAAAUGAAGAUGCGAAACAAGAUGGCAAAGUUGGAGGAAGGAGAGAAAGAUCAAAAAAGAAAAAUGAUCUAGCACCAAGAAAGAGGCAAGGAGGCAUCAAGCUGGAUGGAGAGGAGGAGCCUGAUGAUCCCCCACAUGGAGAGCCAGAGAGCUGGGAUCUGAUGCAGGAGAUUGCCAAGGAGAAGGAAGCAAAGAAGGAAAAACAGGAGAAGAAGAGAGCAGACGACUUAUGGUCAAGCUUCAUGUCUGACAUGAAAACGCCACCACCAAGAAAGACUUCCUCCACAGGACUUGGUGUCCUGGCUAGUAUGGUCAAGCCAACCAACAUCAACCCCAAACAGUCACCAUCACAGGCAACACCUGAAUCUGGGAUCACAACAUCAACAAAGAUGACCAUCACAAAGGUUUUUGAUUUUGCUGGAGAGGAGGUCAAAGUAACCAAAGAGGUUGAUGUCACGUCAAGAGAGGCUCAGGAAGAAAUAAAGAAACAAGAAAAUUCAUCUGCAGAAGCUAAGAGCAGUACACCAAGUACGUCGGAGAAGCCAUCAGGGUUAUCUGGCAUUGGUGUGAAAAGGCCAGCUGCAGGGGCUGGGGGCCUGGGAGGGCUCCUCAACAAGAUAGGCAAGAAGCCUAAGAUGAGUGUGCUGGAGAAGUCCAAGAUGGACUGGAACACUUUCAAGAAGGAUAAAGGAAUUGAGGAUGAUCUACAGAUCCACAAUAGAGGGAAAGAGUCAUACCUAGAAAGGAUGGCCUUUCUCAACCGUGCCGAUGUCCGUCAGUUUGAAAUAGAGAAAUCUCUUCGUCUGAGUAAGAGCAAAAGGUGAUGGCAGAGCUGAAUGUUUGUGGGUACUGACACAAUGAAAUGUGUGAAAUGAUGACUGCUCACUCCCAACUUGUCUGGACCAGAAUCAGAACCUGCUGAAGAAAACUCUCUGGAUGGGAAGGACAAUCUGCAGAAUACCGGUUCCAUAAUGAGAUCAUGUCUCCUACAAAUACAAGGAUGGAGGACAGACAUUGAAACCAGGAUUUAGCUACAGUAUUGUUUGUAAGUCUUCCUGGUAUUGUUUGGUUUUCACGUACAAGUGACCUUGCAUGGUUCAUGCUACUCUGUAUGGAGCUCAACCAUCAGUGUAAGGACUUCUGAAAUGUUUCAUAUGAUUGGUCUUUUAAGAAAAUUAUUGUACAACAUUUCACUCCAUGUGGUUACAAAUGAUCAAUAUUUACUGUUUCUUCAGUCUUUGUGGAUGAUUUCAGCAACAGGGUGCAGGUCUACAUGCUGGAAAGUUUCAUUGAUAUUCCUGAUUUGAUGUUGUAUGUCUGCCAUGAAACAAGUAAUGGGUUAGUUUGGAGUGAAUGAAAUAAAGGAUGAAUUGAACUUGUAAUGACUGCAUCCUCAGUGUUUCUGUAUGGUCUUUGAAAUGUCAUCUAAAAUGAGAUGCCAUGACGUCUUAAUCAUGUGUUUGUGAAUAACACUUGAAUGUAAGGCCACAGUGUCGCCACACUAAACUAUUUAUUAGAUUUUCAUCCAUAUUUAAACAUUAUUCAUGCAUCUGUAUUAGCUCACCAUCAGUUGAGUGAUUCACAUAUAACAUGAAUGCUGGCAGAAAGGGGAUGAAAAUCUGAUAGUUAAUUUGUUUUGGCUCUCAUUUUGUUUUAAAUCUGUCCCAGGUCUAAUGUGUGGAAUAAAAUCCAAAGUAUUCAAAA